UGGUUAGACACAUUCUACAUUAUUACAUUUAUCAGUUUUUCCUUAAACUAGAAAAGAUGAGGACUCUUCAUACUCUCGUCUUAUUAUUAGCGAUUGUCCUCAAUUUUAUUGAGUUCAGUUCGCAGUUCGACUGUUUACCAAAUGGCGACCCUAUUUCUCCCGUUCCUCGUUGCAGAAAUUUAUCUUCUUCUGUUAAACAUGAACCUCCAGAAAGUUCUCUUCCCCUUGCAGAAUUUCCUCUUCGUGCCAGGUCCAGAUCUCCUAGUGGCAGUUACAGUAAUCCUCCUGUCAGGUAUCCUGCUUUAUCCAUACUUGGACGUGAGCCUGAGGAACUUAGAUUUUUGCGGCUUGUUCCCAACACCAAUCCACACCACCGAUUCGAAAUUCAAAUAUACACUUUUCCUGCUAAUAAACUAAUUCAAAUGAAAGACAGAAAUAGUAACCUUGUAUCCAUGCCAACCGACGAACGAAAUGUUUUAACAACAUCUACUGGUGACGUUGUUGCAAUAGUUGAGGGAAAUAAUCGUCUUCGUGGAAUAUAUGUAAAAAGAAGAGACGACUGCUAUAUUAAACGAGUGAAAAUAAACAAGAAAAGUGGCAAUGUUAAAGAAAUGACCCUAAAAGAAAUCGCAGAAUCUCCUCUAGGUAACAAAAAUCCAAUCACAAAGAAUUUCGGAAUUAUAAAUGUAAGCGAUAUUCCUCCAAGUCAUUUAUUUAAUAAAUCAAAUGUUAAUAUAUUGCAUCAUAUUGUCGAUAAUCCGAAGUAA